AACGAGAAGGAUUUUGACCGAAGAAGAAAAGAAGAGAUUUUGUUCGUUCAGGGGAAGGAUCACAACAAGGAUUACUCACGGAUCAGUAAGGACAUGGAUCCUUAUCGUGAACUCGAGUUGUACCUCGAAAAAGUAAACGAGGAAAUCGGUGAGAUAAUCGAAUCUGUACCGUCGAGGCGAUCGCGAGUAUCGAUCUCCGAUUCGUCAGGAAUCACCAGCCGGAAUUCCGGGACGAGAUCCUUACCGGCGACUAAUCGACGGGGUGGUUUAACGAGAUUGGAAUACGAAGGGACGAAGAAGGGUUCGUCGGAAGGACGACGCGAUGACGUAGUUGUCGAAUGGCCUGACGAUAUACUCGCGGAUUUGAACUCGCUGAUCGCAAACGAAAUCGACGAGCUCAAAAGGAAGGAAGAAGAGGGAUCGUCGAGGGUGCAGGACGAUCGAAGGGUCGCUCUUCUUCCGCCUAGGGUGAAGGUGGAGGAAGACCUAAACGAGGUUGGUAGCAAAAAAGUGGACAGGGUCGAGUACAAGGACCUCCUUCACGAGUUCGGGAUAUCCGAUAGCUGCAGCGAAGCCGGUUCCGAGGACAAAAUCGAACCCCGAAUCCUGGCAAAUGGCUGCGACGAGAAGAGCCGAGGAUCGCCGAUCUACGGCCGCAUCCUGAGGGGCCCGAGCCAUCCGAAUUCCGACUACGACGAGCCAAGGGAUAAACUGGAACCGGAAGUCAGGAAAAUCGGUAGGGACAGGAAAAUCGGUCGGAAUUUUUGCGGUUACGCAAGCUCUGACUACGACGAACCGGAAAUCGGUGGGGGAAGUUGGGGGGUAAAUCGUGAGACAGAUUCUAGUCCGUUGGUAAACGGUGCGGGUGUUCAUGGGAACGUUAAGAGCCAAAUAAUAAGUGUUAGUAGAGAAGGUGAAGCCCGGGGGGACGGCAGUUGCAACAGUUUAUUAAUUUUACCAAAGAAUAAUUACCUUUCCAAAUUACCACCGAAGUACAACGGCGCAUACAGGCGAAAAACGAGUCUUCCGAUACAGCUUCAAGCCUGCUUUGAUAAGCGGCGAAAAACCGAUGCUAAUCAUCAUCUUCAUCAUCCUCAACGACUUCACGUCAGGACGACGGCCCAGAAUCAAUCGUCGAAGUUCAACUGCGGUAGCAGCUUCGCCGACAAUGAUUGCUGCGGCGAUAGUCAGCCGGAAUACGACGACGUUGCUUUCAAUGAAGUCAGUAAAUCGAACGAGAUGAUAUCGAGAUCGAAAUCAUUGGAGAACAGCCUUGUACUACCUCCAAAAUCGGCGCCAGUCACGCCAACGGAGGACAAGAAGCUGCUUUCGUUUUCAAAAUUGCUCAGAAGACGGCAGCCGCCAUCUAUUGUGGCGAAAAAUUUUCAGGACGCUGUUGUCCUGGUUAGGGUUUCGUCCUUGCCGGAUCAGGACAUUCUUCUGAACAAUAACGCGGAUCAGGGUCUCAAGCCGGGGAGAAAUGUUCACCUCAAACAUAAUAUCAGAUCCAUUUCGCCGAUCAGUCUGAGGUCUGAUCUCUCCGCAAAGAGGCUGUCGGAGUCUAACAGGGACGUUAGACAGAUCAGUCCUGUUGAAUUGAAGAAGUUUUCUAGUCUUUCCGGAUCGGCGUCAAACGACGCCGCAGUUUCUUGCAGUUUUUCCAAUGAAUGUGACGGGGAAAAUGCCGCCUAUUACGAAGAGGAGAACGCCCGGAGUCAAGAUCAUCGUGACGAGAGGAUGUGCGUUGCUCAGGAACACAACGCCAGGUCCGGAUCGCUGCCAAUUUCCAUGCAGUCGCUUCUUUCUCGGCUGCGGAACGGAUAUUCGUCUUCCUGCUGCCCCGACGGUGGUUCGAGUUUCGUUGAGAGUCAAGUACCGUGUUCAGAAAUUGGCACCCAAACUUCACCGGCGCUUUCGCGAUGCUCGAGUGUCGGAACUUGGGUCAGCGACUUUGAGUCACCCAGAGCCGAAUCGACCGUCGACUCCCGAUCACUGAGGGAUGAAAGUACCCUUUAUCCAGGUUCACCCCAGGACACCGUCGACGAUGAUAACAGGUCGUCCUCAUCCUCUCAGGACCUCUUGCAGAGCAUGGACGAAAUAUCGUCGGGCAGUUUGUCGCCGGAAGUUAACGAUCCUGACAGGGCUUCGUCGCCAUUAGAAAGCGGCAUUGGAACCGCGAGUCCACCACGAAGCACCGAGCGCAGAUUGAGCAAACAAACCUGGGAGAGAAUACGACGCAGACCUUCAAAGGUCAAUUCAAGGUCCGAUAAGUACUUCGCUGCUGUUAACGAUGACGUUUGGGUCCGCCGGGAAAGCGUUCACACCCAGACAAGGGAUCAGGACAAUUGGUAUCCUCAAGAGGUCGUCGACAGUAGCAGCGGUCUCGACGAUUCUUUGCCGAGGAUGAAACCCUCCAGGCCAACCAAUCUGCCUCUCGGCCUUUCGACAGCCGUAAGCAGCUCAAUGAGCUCCGGUGAAUUACUCGAAUCACCACCCAGAGCACCGUCCUCACCAUCGGCUGCUAGUUUGCAGUUGAAACCAGAACCAAUGACCAUCGAACUUGGUGGGAAAAGUAGCAGUGCUCCUUUACUCGAGAACGGCGACGAGGGAAAAGGAAAGGACGACAACAUGGUGGUCAUCCAGCAGCCUCGAUCACAGUCCGAACGUCAUUUGUCAGAAAUCGAAGCCCAAGAAGCGUGCAAGUGGUUGAGAGCCGCUGGAUUUCCUCAAUAUGCUCAGAUGUACGAAGAUUACCAGUUUCCGAUCGAGGUUUCUGGAGUAGCCAAGGACCAUCCUUUCCUCGAUGCCGAUUCUCUGCAGAGUCUCUUCAGGAGGUUGCACGCCUUGAAUCGCUGCGCCAACAUGAAGCUCGACACUCAUCAUUCGCACCACCAUCAUCACACCACCAGCCACAGUAAACCGGGUGGCGAAGACUCGGACGAGGACAACCAGUGCGCCUUGAGCGAGAAUUGGACCUUCGAAAAGAAGACGAGACGGUGGUCAAGGGUUGGUGAUGUAACUCAGGCCAACGUUGACAAGCUCCAGGCAAUUGUCGACGAGAACGCGAGGCCAGAAGACGACGACGACUCUCUCGAGGAUCGGUUAGAGGCCGAAGAAGCCGAGGAUACGAUGUUGGACACCCUCAAGUACGGCAGUCUUCCACCGGGUCCGGUUCCUGACGAGCUGGGACCCCGAUUCAGGCGGACGGGAUCCGAACGGCUCAAGGACAGUGCCAAGGCCUUCCUACGCAGGGUCGAGUCCCUCAAGUCGAGGAGGCGGAAGCGGCAGAACCGCGACGGCGUCGUGAUCAGCGGUCCUCAGGUCCUCGACGUCAUAUCCAUGCAGCAGAAGAUGAAGGACCUCAACUGCGUCGACGUUUCCCCUACCGGCCCGGCCCCGAUGUCCUUCAACGACCUUGUGCCCCCGUCACCCCUUCACCUUCCACCGUCACCGCUGACUCUCCCGUCGUCACCUUUCCAUCUCCCAGCUUCGCCACUUGCCAGCAACCCCAGUCCAUUCGGUGACGACUCUUCGAGCUACUGUUCCGACGGUUCCCAAGGUGGUGGUCCCGUACCAACGCCCACCAGGACGAAGCUGAACAGGCCCCGUCGGUUCCUACACCGUGGGACCCGGGAGGACCAAGGCGCACUUAGUGACUCGGAGUGCCAGCCGACCAGCUGGAGACACAGGUACUUCAAGGACGCCAACAGCAAUCACACCAAGGUGCUGGAAUACGUCUCGACCCAGCCCCAGUCGCCGAAGGAUCAAACACUGGUCGGCAACAGAGGGGGGAGUCUGAAUCUGGGCAAAGAGUCGCAGAGGUACAGGGACAAGUUCAACCAAAGUCAGGAGGAGAAGACAGCCUUGACUACGACCGGUAAACGCGAUGAGAGGUUGUACAAAAGCUUUAGACGCGGCAGGGAGGAUUUGUAUCGGGAAGAAGCGCCUUUGGCGAAGGACGUUACUGUCUACAGAGAGAAGUCGAGGUCCAGGAGCUCAGAGCUUGCUGGAAGCCAGGAGAGCAGCUCGACGGUUGCCAGCAGGGAUUCAGACCAGGAAGAGGAGUCCCCGAGACACAAGGGGACCGUUGUAAGGUGGCACAGCUUUCAGAGGGGAUCUCUGUACCCUGAGCCCCUCGAUCCUCUCUGCUCUCGUGCCAUGGCCUCCAUGUCCUGCGGGCAGCUGUUGGUCCUCAGAAAGCUGGCGCUCCUCAAGCUCACCGCCUGCAUGGAACGCUACUGUCCUACUCAUCGGACCGGGUGGAAUUGGGAGCUUCCAAAGUUCAUACGGAAAAUCAAGACCCCAGACUACAAAGACAAGACUGUAUUCGGUGUUCCGCUGCUACUGUCACUUCAACGCACCGGUCAGGCGCUUCCAAAGUGCAUUCAGAUCGCCCUGAGGUGGCUCAGGGCCAAUGCUCUUGACCAGAUUGGGAUAUUCCGAAAAAGUGGACUCAGGUCCAGGAUCCAGACGCUCAAAGUUAUGACCGAGACACAGGGUGACAGCAUCAACUUCGACGGGCAACAAGCUUUCGAUGUUGCCGAUCUUGUCAAGCAGUACUUCAGGGAACUGCCCGAGUCGCUGCUAACGAAUAAGCUGUCCGAAACUUUCAUCGCCAUAUUUCAACAUGUUCCGGCGGAGAUCAGACCGGACGCUGUUCAAUGCGUACUUCUACUUCUUCCCGAUGAACAUCGGGAGGCACUUGAGGCGCUUCUUGACUUCUUGAACCACGUGGCGAACAACUCGCCUUUUAAUCAGAUGACCGCCUCGAACUUGGCCGUUUGUCUGGCCCCCAGUUUGUUUCACUUCAAUCACACUAUGACCAACGUUUCUAACAGGUCUAACAGCGUUUCUCCGAGGCGAAGGAAAACCGUCGGUAUACCCGAUCAGAGAGAAUUGUCCGAGAACAAAGCGGCGAACGACUGUCUUCUGUACUUGAUUAAGACACAUCGUGAACUAUUCAUGGUUUCUUCAGACAUGCUUACUCAGUGUCGUUUCAAUUACAUGGAAGAGAGUGUGCCCGUCGGUUUAGAGGAACUCGGUUCAGAAUUCAAACAGGACUGGAGAGGCUAUCUUUACGCUUGUACAACCGCACUGCUGAAGGAGGCUCGCGAAAAAAGCCGAGGUUGGGUCAGCAUAAACAAUCCAGCUGAUCCGGGCGUCGAGGUUGCUUACAAAAAAGUCGGAGACGGACACCCUCUCCGAUUGUGGCGAGCUUCGACGGAAGUCGAGGCGCCUCCAAACGAGUUGCUGCACCGCGUUCUGAGGGAAAGACACAUUUGGGAUCCUCAACUCCUGAAGUACAGACUGGUCAACAAACUUGACGCUAAUGUCGAGGUCUUUCAGUACGCCACUGGCAACAUGAGCCCACUUCCGGCCAGGGAUUACUGCGUUUUAAGAUCCUGGCGAAAUGACUUGCCGAAGGGCGCUUGCGUCAUCGUUGAAACUUCCGUCGAGCAUCCGGAAGCACCGGUAAUGCUCGGCGGUACGCGAGGAAUCGUUUUGGCAUCGCGUUACCUGAUCGAGCCAUGUGGCAGUGGGAAAUCGAGGAUAAUGCACCUUUCGAGAGUGGACACAAAGGGACGGACACCCGAUUGGUACAACAAAAGCUACGGUCACAUAUGUGCCCUGCAUCUCAGCAAGAUUCGCAACUCGUUCAAGCACACAACCGACGGGCCCGAAAGUAAGGUCUGAGAAAAGGCCACCGUGCAACAACGGGGAACGUUGUUGCAUGGCGGUUCGUCUGGUCAACAAAAUGACCGAAGAAUCCUGAUGGAUCUACGGAGGGUUGAGCCGGCCAUUGACGAGGAACAGUGAGGAAAGUUCAAUGAUGGAUCGGUCACCCUUUUUAUCCAGACGGGAAAGUGUCACGUGGAUGAAUGAAUCUUCCGUGCCGUAACAAGUCAAAACGUAUGUGCUAAUUUUUUUUUAAU